CUUUCAUGUAAGACAUUAUUAAUUGGGAGGUGUUGAAAUGAAGUUGGAAGGAUAAGAAGCAGCAAAACAAGAGUACUAAAUGCAUACUCUUCUUCCCAUUCAUCCUGCAAAAUGAUCAGAGGACUAUCAAAUUUUGUGCUUUUGCUUCUGAUAUUUACUCUCUUCUGGCCAGAAGAUUCCAUAGCCACAGAUACCAUUACAAUCUCUGAAUCCAUUCAAGACCCACAAAGUAUAGUUUCAUUAGGCAAAACUUACAGAUUAGGCUUCUUUAGUCCUGCCAGCACUAGUAGUAAUCGCUAUGUUGGGAUCAAGAUGAAUAAUCCUGAAUCCACUGCUAUGUGGGUUGCUAAAAGAGACGGACCCUCGAAGGAUUCUGCUGGAAUUGUGGCAAUUUCUGAUGAUGGCAAUGUUAUUGUCCUGAAUGGGAAUAAUGAAACAUUAUGGAAGAUCAAUUUGGGAUAACUUAGCUUCUUGAUACAGGGAACUUAGUCUUGAGGGAUAACUCAGAUGGAAGAUCAAUUUGGGACAGUUUUCAGAUUCCUACAGACAGUUUUGUCCAGACAAUGAAGAUACCUGUAGAUGUUAAGGAAGACAGCCGGUUGAUCUCAUGGAAAAGUUCUUCUGAUCCAUCAUCCAUUGGAAACUUUUCUCUUGGUUUUGGCCCUCAACAAAUUCUAGAAACGUUUUUCUGGAAUAACGGGAUACCUUAUUGGCGCAUUGGUCCGUGGAAUGGUACUGUGUUCAUUGGUAUCCCUUUUAUGUAUUAUGCAUAUAUGAAUGGACUCCAUAUGAAUGAAGAACCUAAGUAACCUGGUCCUUGAUAGUUUAAAUGAUGCAGUGGAUGUAUAUUACGUUUUGAAUUCAUCAGGAACUUUCCAGGAGAUGCUUUAUUAUGAUGGAAUAGAAGGAACUCCUUUGACACUCUGGCGAAGUAUAGAAAGUUAAUGCGACAUCUAUGGAAAAUGUGGCCCUUUCGGAUUAUACAACCCUCGCAGUUGGCCAAUAUGUUCACGUCUACAAGGUUUUGAGCCUAGAGAUGCAGAUCAAUGGGAAAGAGGCAACUGGACUGGUGGCUGAUUUAGGAAGACAAUGCUUCAAUGUGAGAGAAAUAGUUCAUCAGCUAGUCAGGGUGGCAAACAAGAUAUAUUCCUGAGGUUUAGCAAUGUUAAAGUUCCAGAUUUCUUGACGAAGCAUGGAUUUGCUCCGAUAUCUCCAGUGAAUUGAACCGGCGGCCAUAGCGGCUAUGAAACCCUAAAACCUG